AUGGACCUCCCCCUGGCCCACCUUCGGGCCUCGUCAUCCUCCUCGACCUCUUCUCCAGACCACGUUCCGCUCGUCACUGGCGGCCUGCGGGACGAGUCGCUCACCUCGACCUCGUCCUCGCGGUUUACUGCCUCUCACGCGGCGGCGUCGAGCUGGCUCGACUCAUCCGUCUCUGCUGUAGAGCGGGUCUCGUCGUUCUCGUCGACCUCGUCCGACUCGGUCCUUGCCCUCCCGUCAUCGUCGUCAUCGUCGUCGCUCCUCCGUGAGCGCCGUCUGUUGACCGGCAAGUACACCGACGCAUACGGUGGCGACGAGAGCGGCGGAAGCGGUGGACGCGGUGGCGGCCAAGGCGACGGGCUCAUCGAUGAGAGCCUUGACCUCGGACAGGCCGAUACCUCGAUUUCGCGCGCGCCCGACGGCUCGCGGAAGGCCGGGAGCAAGGCCAAGGCUUGCCGGAGCAAGAGCGCCCGGCGGCUGGUCGGCCACGCGCUUUGCUGCUUCUCGCCGACCUCGCGGUUCCGACGCAACGUGGCGGCGGCACUCGACUGGCCGUGGACCGACCGCAUCAUUCUCUUCUGCAUUCUCGUCAACACGGUGACGCUCACUCUGACAACGCGAGCCUCGCCGUCGUCGACAUCGACGCUCGAAGUAGUGGCGUACUACAUCGACUUGGCCAUCGGGCUGGUCUUCACUAUCGAGAUGCUGGCACGACUUGUGGUGCUUGGUGGGGUGACGCGGGCACCGCUGCGGCCAUGCGGCCGCAGGACCAGGACCCGGCACGCGGCGGCGUCGCGUGACGGCCUGUUUAGCGUCUCGGCGCCGCGCGCUGUCCACCACAACAUGCACAUCCGGUCGCUGGGAACUUCGCUCGAGGACGAGGGCGAACUCAUUGCCCGACUCACAGCGCUCAACAACGACGUCAACGCGCGAGUCUCGCACCACGGACGCGACACAUCGUACUUUCGCGACCCGUGGAACGUGCUCGACGCCUUUGUGGUGGCCACCUUCUGGCUCGCCUUUGCCGACGCAUCGUCGGUCAACUUCUCAGCCUUUCGCGCCUUCCGAGCCUUGCGCCCGAUGCGUGCGCUCAAGUUCUUUGCUGGCAUCCGGACGAUUCUCGACUCGCUCCGCAAGUCGUGGACGCUCCUCCUCAAUGUGGUUCUCUUUCUCGGCUUCUUCUUCUCGGUCUACGGCAUUGUGGGCAUCUCGAUGUUUGGCGGCUCGCUCUCGCGCCGAUGCCUCCCGCCGGGUGCGUCGCUGGACACGCUGCCGCCAGACAUUCCGCCGCUUUUUUGCUCGUUCAGCACAUCCAAGGGCACAACGUGCCCAGAGCCGCUGGUGUGCACGCGGGUAGAGAACCCAUCGUACGGCUUUGUCUCGUUUGACAACAUCUGGCUCGCCACCCUCACCAUGUUCAUUGUCAUGACCCUCGAGGGCUGGUCCUCGAUCAUGUACUCGAUCAUGCAGUCCGAGUACGCCAUCUCUGCGCUCUACUUUAUCUCGCUCAUCAUCUUCCUCUCGUUCCUUGUUGUCAACUUGUUUGUAGCAGUCAUUGUCGAGAAGUUUGGCCAAGUGCGGCGGGAGGAGAACCGGUCUGCGUUUUCGGGCGGCUCGCGGCUUGGUUCGGGCGCCGCGGGUCUUCCCUUUGCCCGCUUCUUCCUCACCAACUCGGACGACGGCUCCAUCCAGCUCUUUUAUGCUCAGUCUGCGUUUGACACGUCAACGUGCUGGGGCGCGCUCGGCGCGCGAGCGUACGCCGUCAUUGCGUCAAAGUCGUUUGAGGCGCUCAUUUUCGGCUGCAUUCUGGCCAACUUGGUGCUGAUGGCGUCGGCGCACGACGGCAUGCCGGAGGGCUACGCCACCACGCUCUACGUUUGCGAGUUUGUCUUUACCAUCGUCUUUGCCGUUGAGAUGGUGCUCAAGAUCAUCGGCCGGCGCGGUAUCCGCAACUACUGCCGCGACCCGAUGAACGUUUUUGACGGGCUCAUUGUCGUGGCGACGACGCUCUCGCUCCUCCGGAUCACCCGCAACCUCUCUUUCCUGCGCGUCUUUCGGGUCCUACGCAUCACGCGGCUCUUGGUCAAUCUUCCCUCGUUGGUCUCGCUCCUCAAGAGCGUACUCGGCUCGCUCCGCGGCAUCGCCAACCUCAUGGCCUUUAUGGCGUUCUCGCUAGUCACGGUCGGCAUUCUUGGCAUGCAGCUGUACGCGCACACCUUUGACUCGCCGGCGGACCGGGCCAACUUUGACAACUUUCCGCGGGCGCUACUCUCCAUGUUCAUGAUUCUUGCCGGCGACGCUUGGCCGUACUUUCUCUUCAACGGCCUCCUCUCGCCUGCCGGCUGGUUUGCGCCGCUCUUCUUCAUCGGCUUUUACAUUUUCGGCGUCUACGUCCUCCUCAACCUCUUUGUGGCCGUCAUUCUGGAAAACUUUGAGAUGGCCGAGCUAGGCAAGAAGCGGGCGCAGCUCGAGCUGUACUUUGCCGACUUGCAGCCCAAGCCGACGCCGCUGGCGUCGCGGCGGAACGUGUACCGGCUGCUCCCGCCGAACCCGCGCAUGCUUCGGGUCCCGCAUCUGCCCGAAACCAUGACACCGGCCUUCCGCGCCGCGCCGAUCGACGACUUUCUGCACCCUGCGCCGCUGCCCAAGCCGCGGCCGCACGCCGACGUCGACGCACAUGUGCGGUCGAUUGCGGCACGGGCGCCGACAAGCAGUGAAGCGGCGACGCCACGGUCCGCCGCAGCACGCCCGCGCACAUGGCUCGGCCGACUGGCAGCGUGGCUGGCGGCGCCGGUCUCCCGUGACCCGUCGUCGUCGCGGGCCGCCGUCGGCUCGGUACUUGCAGCGUCGGCCUCGGUCCCGCUGACCAACACGCACGCGUCGGCGCGGCAGCGGCUGGCCGAGGAGCAGUUCUUUGAGGACCACCCGCGGUACAACGUCUCGCUCGGCUGCCUCGGCCCGUCGUCCAAGGUCCGAGCGGCGCUGGGGCGGCUGCUGGCCUCGCGCGGGUUCUGGCUCUGCGAAGUAGGCCUCAUUCUGGCGUCGUCGCUCGCGCUCUCGCUCGAGAACGUGCGCAACCGGUCCGAGGACGGCCCGGCCUUUGCCUUUUACAUUGCUGACGUCGUCUUUUUUACCCUCUUUGCGCUCCAGGCCUCUGCUGCCGUCACGGUCCACGGCCUGUUCUUUACCCCGCACGCGUACCUGGCGUCGGGCUAUAACCGGCUCGAUCUCGUGCUGCUCAUUGCGGGCGGGGUGCACCUUGCGACAGCGCGGUUUGCGUACGUACGGCUGGUGCGGUACUUUCGGGCGCUGCGGCCGCUACGGAUUGUGUCACGGUCUGCGGGCAUGCGGCGGAUCCUGCGGUCGCUCUUCCAGUCGCGGUGGGACAUUCUCAACGUGUGCCUGCUCAUGUUUGGCUUUUUGUCGUCUUUGGCCGUGGCCGUAUCAGGCGCAUGCGUCGGGAGCUUUGUCUCGCCCGACGAUGGCGUGCUCCGGCCACGGGCGUGGCGGGUGGCGCGGCUCAACUUUGACCACAUCGGUGCUGCCUUUGUCACCCUCUUUUCCGUGGCCUCGCUCGAGGGCUGGUGGGACGUCAUGUACGACGGCAUGGACGUGACGGCCAAGGGCGUCCAGCCUGCCACCAACGCGUCGGCGGCAAACGCGCUCUACUUUGUGGCCUUUGUCUUUCUUGGCUCGUUCUUCAUGCUCAACUUGUUUGUCUCGGUCAUCAUCAACAACUUCAGCAAGUACAACGGCCGCGCGCUGCUGACCGACCGGCAGCGGUCGUGGCUCGAUGCGCAAACGGCCAUCCGCCUGCUGCGGCCGUCCACGGUCCCGCCUGCGCCGCACCGGCCGGUGUGGCGGUCGCGGCUGUACGAGGCCGUGACCUCGCGGGCGUUUGAGCAUGUGGUUGCCUCGGCCAUUGUGGUGAACAUGACGUUUAUGAUGUCUGAGCAGCACAACCAAGGCGAGGCGUGGACCUUUGUGCUGUUUGUGGCGAACCUGGUCUUCACCAUCCUGUUUGCGCUCGAGGCGCUCGCCAAGGUGACUGCCUUUGGCCUUCGCGGCUACCUGCGAUCGUACUGGAACUGCUUUGACGGCUUUCUUGUCCUCGGCUCGCUCGUGCUGGUCGCUGCGCCGUCGCGGCUGUUCUUUACGGCCGCCGGGCGGCGAUUCUUCCGCAUCGCCCGCAUCUUCCGGCUGGUGCGGCACUCGACCUCGCUGCACACGCUGUUCCAGACCGUGGUCACUGCGUUGCCUGCCGUCUUCAACGUGGCCUCGCUCUUCUUUGUCCUCAUGUUUGUCUACGCCACGCUCGGCUCGGAGCUCUUUGGCGCCACCCGGCACGGGGCGUUCCUCAACGCAAACGCAAACUUUGAGUCGUUCGGCUCGGCGCUCCUCCUGCUGUUCCGGAUGGUGACCGGCGAGGACUGGCAGGGCAUCAUGCUCGACUGCGCCAUCCAGCCGCCGCUCUGCACCCGGCUCAAAGUCACAUCAGCGCUGUCGGUAACCUCGUCGUCGGCCGGCCCGCAGGACGACUGCGGAUCGGUCCUUGCAUACGCGUACUUUAUCUCGUUCUUUGUCGCCGGUGCGUACGUCAUGCUCAACAUGUUCAUUGCCGUCAUCCUCGAGAACUUCUCGUACUGCUCCUCGACCCACUCCAACUACGUGGUGGCGCCCAAGACCCUAGACCACUACAAACGGAUCUGGGCCUUGUUCGACCGCAAGCAAACCGGCCUGCUCACCCGCCCGCAGCUGCGGCCGUUCCUGUACACACUCGGUCCACCGCUCGGCCUCUCGGCGACCGCGCGCGCGCACCGCUGGGACUACCGCAAGAUCGAGUACCAGGCCCUGCAGCUGCGGCAGCUCUCGUUCUCGGCUCUGCUCAAGCUCCUCAUCCUGCGAUCAGUCGAUCCUGACUCGCUGCGGUAUGAGGAGCGGGCGCAGCGUGAGAUGCUGCUCGAUGAGGCCGACGCGGCCAUUGCCCUCGACACCAUGCAGCGCUUCCUGCUUCGCUACAAGGACGUGUUCCUCGCCAAGACCCACGCGCGACGCAUGGCGACCGCCGCCGCCGCGGCAGCAGAAACCGCCGCACGCGCCGCGCGCAAGACCUCGCUCAACUUCUCGCACUCGCGCUCUCGCUCCUUUUCACGCACCAUUGUGGCCGAGAGCGCGCUGGCCACUCACGACUCGAACCUCUCCAACGUCUCGGUGUCGUCGCUCUCGUCGACGCAGCAACAACGGUCGCUGACCGCGUCGCGGCGCUCGCGCUCGCGCUCGCCGUCCAAGGGUGGGCGGCGCGGCCACUCUCGCCGCCGCCUCCUCCGCGACUUGGUCCAGCAGCCGCCGUCGGCGCAGCACGACUCGUCGUCGACCCACGCUGCCGCCGUCGCCGCCGCACGUGGUGACGCCAACAUCUUUUCGCCGCACAACAUGGCCUGCCGCCCGCUCAUGCCUGCCGAGGCCCGCGCCGGUCUCCCGCACCUUUCAGACCCGGCGCUCCGCGACGCCGUCCUCGGCCUCUCGGCUCAAGCCCGCAGGGUGGCGUGCUCCGCACCGGCGUGGGCCCCACCGUCGGUCUUUGACGACUCGCUCGCGUCGUCAGACACCGACGAUCAAACUGGUACGCCCGACUCGGCCGACGCCGCUUCCCCGGCCUACGCCGAGGUGCACGGUCUCCCACGGACCGCAGACCUCUCCUCGCUCCUCGACGGCUACUCGGAAGGCUAUUCACUCGUCUACGGCCAAGGCAUGGCGCUCAACGCCUCGGCUCCCGUCGCUGGCAUCGCCCGCGACGACACCACCUCGGCCGGCACCGCCUGCGAGUAUCUCGACUCGGACGAUGAGCUCGGGCAGUCGGUCGAGGCUGAAGACGCUUGA